AUGACCAUCACCACACCCACCACCUCACACAACAUGGGUACCGACGACGAUCUGCGAUCGAGGAAGAGAGAGAGAGAAGAAGAAGGCGACGACAUGCGCUCACCACAAGCCGCCAAAACGGGGAAGAGAUUUCUUGAGGAAUUCCUUACCUCAAGCCAUAUGCCCAUCAUCCCCGAGGGCGUGACCGAUUUCGCAAUGAGUACGGAGGGAUCUCAACUGUCCUUGGGCAAGGGAAGGGAGGCGUGGAAAAGCUUUUGCGAGAAGGUCGAGGCCUCCGACAUUGGCGAGAACGACCACAUCAAGAUGGUGUUCGUAAACGAAACAAAGCUCCACAAGAGUCGGCGAAAUGUCCCGAGCUUCAGCGAGGACUCCGAAGAAGUCAAGGCCGACCACAUGAGAACGCGUCGAGCCAUGAGAGAGAGUUUCGGUCAUCAAGACGAGUCCAUCGAAACGCCGGGUUCACAGCGACAAGCUCAACCGCAAAACAACUUCAAUCCCGGGACACAAUCUCAGCACGGCAUUGCCGACGGCCACUGCGCAAGGCAGCCUGAGACUUCAAGUGUUCCUGGCUACAUCAAACCCGACCCCCAAGCUCAACCUCAGCCCCAAUCACCAGCUCAGCUCGGCAGUCCUGACAGCUACUGGACAGAGCAGCCAAACAUGUCAAAUGUCCCUGGCAACACCAAACUCAACCAGAAGGCCCUGUUAUUCACGGCAGGCUUCAACACCUCGCCUCAAGCUCAGUACGGUCUCUCCAACAACUACCAUGCGCCCUCUCGCGGCGGCUCUGUCACUCGUUCAGGACGCCGGGUCAACCCUUCUCGAGGAAGAGGCGGCGGUCUAUUUCAUCAAGAAACCAACAGUAGUAGCAGCAGAGGAGGCAGAGGAGGCUACAAUAACAGGGGCGACAGCCAUUUCGGCCAAGGGAACUAG